GGUGGCGAGCAGUCACAACUUAUAUUAAGCGUGGCCGCUGUCAAAAGGCAUUAACAAAGCUGCAGUCUGAGAUUGAGAGAAUGGAGAGGCAAUGUCUCCUCUUAAUGGUUGAAGAAGCCGUCAACAUUCUGCGAAACCCCCAGAGCUCAGCCAACUUGCCUGCGGAAUGGACAUUUGAUCCAGUCACAUCCCGUGACAUACUGGUGGGAGCCGAGGCUACUUUGGAAGCGAUGCAGCAAAGCUUAAUGCUACCCACUGUACCCAGUGGGUCAGGAGCUCCACCGGGCUUUCCAGAAGUCGUGUGCCUCCAUGGGACGGGAGGUGUGGGCAAGACAACACUCGCAAAGCAAAUUCAUGAUAGUGAUGAGGUGAGAUCUCAGUUCAAUGAUAAGAUGAUGUACCUAGUUUGUGGUGAGGCACGAACUGGCCGCAAUAUGAUUGACAUGGUGUACCGGGCGUGGAUGAGAAAGAGAGGUUCUAAAUCUGGUCGAGGUCAAACACAGGUGGCUAAGGCAGAAGAAAGGAAGUGUGCACUUUUAGCGCUGCAAAUGAAAGGGGAGAGAUUUUUCAUCGUUAUAGAUGAUGUGUGGCGAAGUGACCAAAUUGAUUGGAUUUGCAGGGUUUUCCUUGAUAGUUUCAGUGUCAUCGUCACAACAAGGAACAGAGAAGUUGUGCAAAUCCCUGGGACAGAAUACUUCCCCGUCGAAUCGUUGGGGGAGGGUGAAUCGUUCGGAUUGUUCUGUCAUUUUGCCUUUGGGAGGCAGGUCCCUCCCCCUGACCUUGACGAUGUGGCGAAAAAAGUAUGCAAACAAUGUGGUUGGCUACCAUUGGCUCUUAAGGUUGUUGCUUCAAGCAUUUGUCCAAGAAACCAAGACCGAGGACUUUGGGAUCAGUGGCUCGAGUUUUUGAAAGGACCUCACCCUGCCCAAUGUCAGCCUGGUGCAGUCUCUGACUUUCACAGAAAAGUGAUAAAGACACUCCAGAGAUCCAUUGAAGCUCUUGCCGAGAUAGACCCCUCAGGCUGCGUUAUGGAUAUGUUUCUGGAUCUCUCUGGCUUUCCAGAGGAUGAGCGAGUGUCACGUGAGUUGGUCGAAGCACAGUGGUCCAUCUAUCCUUCUGGUGGAGACUCCGGAUUGGAAACAGCUAGGGAGAGGUUGAACACAAUGGUCAGCUUGUCCUUGGUGGAAGCUCACGGGGACUCAUACGUGAGCUUACAUGAUAUGAUACACAAAGCGGCACUUGAUAUGAUCAACUCAGACUCAGCACCAACUGUUACAUUGGGAAGGAUGAGCAGUGGAGGAGGAUCAGUAGAGUGCGCAAAUGGAUUCAGACAGCGACUAUUUUUGCAGGAUCAUUGCCUUUUCCCUUUUACCGAAGAAGCAGAAAUUCACGAAUCCACAAGGAAAUUUAUGUUAAGUCGGUCAAGUGGCUCCACUGAAAAAGACUUUCCAGAUUUGUCGUUGAAAAUGGCAGAAUUGGUGAGUUUCUACUGGUCUUGGCGCCGUGAAGUGCUAUUUGUUAAUGAAAAUGAGGAGGAUGCACAUCUAUCACUUGAGAAAAAGUCAUUGGAGAGUGGGCGAAAAUUUCUGCAGCAAGUAACUUCUAGCAGCCUGCUGCAGAUCAUGACAUUACUGAACUUUCCAAAGCCAAGUGUGCUGCCACAUGACUACUUCUCAUCCUUUCCAAACCUCCGGGUGUUGUGGGUGGAUUUCUUUGGCACAUCCUCCAAUGAAGAAUUCCCUAGCUCGAUCAGACACCUGCGAAAAUUGGAGGUACUUGUAAUUGACUUCAGUUGCAAUGCUGUGGAGCUUUCCAUUAGCCCAGAAGCCAUUGGCGAACUCGGCCAGUUGAGAGUGCUGAGAAUGUGUGAAGUUGCAUUUGCCAAGAGGAGAGGGACUGGUGAUGGGGUGUUGCCGUUUCUGCUAAGCUCGCCAUGUCUGCAGGACUUUUCCAUAAGUUCAUCCUGUGAAAACCGCAUUUAUAAAGAUACUAUUAUCCCCUCCACCAUUGGGAAUUUGACACGUCUCCAUUCCAUCAAAUUGCAGGGCUGGUUCAAAUUGCAGGGCUGGUUCUGGCUCCAAGAGGUUUCCCGGGAAUUAGGGCGCCUGACGAAGCUGAUGAAGCUAAGUAUCAUCGGUUCACCGUGGCUCAGAAGUUUGCCUGACACGAUUGGAUUGUUAUCAUCCCUCACAUGUUUGGAGAUUCUAUCCUCCAACCUUCAUUCCAUCCCUGAUGACAUUGGUGACCUCCAAAGUCUCAUUCACCUUUCCAUCAAAUGGGCCACACUACGUGCAGUGCCACAAAGUGUUGGACGUCUUUCACGUCUGACUUCUCUGGACCUCUCAGACUCGUUGCGAAAGCUUGAGUCCAUUCCCUAUUCUUUCUGGAUUCUGACUCAGCUGCGACAGCUAAGGUUGGCAGGUUCUGGACUUCCCUACCUGCCGGAGGAGAUAGGGAAUUUAACAGAGCUUAGGGAAUUGGAUCUGAACUCUUCUCUUUUUCAACCCCUGCCUUCCUCAAUCGGCAACCUAUGCAACCUGACUCGCCUCAACCUCUCGUCGUCAACUUUUCUCUGCGACUUGGGCAUGGGGAUUUCAGGUCUGAGCAGUUUGAGGUGCUUGGACCUUCAAAAAUGCAAUUCCCUGACAUUCCUGUCAGACGGCAUCUGCAAACUUGGAAAUCUGACUCGCCUCAACCUUAGUGGCUGUUCGACGCUGGCUUCUUUACCUGACGAAAUGGGGUCUUUGUCACAGCUGAGGGAGUUGAAUUUGCAGUCUGCCGGGUCAUUGGAAUCGCUUCCUGAUUCAGUGAGCAACUUGGGUCGCUUGAUGGAGCUCAACCUGUCAAACUGCACCAGUCUUACGAAGUUGCCAAGUGGCAUCUCAGACCUGAAAGAACUGAAACUGAGCCUCCAUGGCUGUGCAAGACUUCAAAAUCUUCCGGAAAGUUUGCAACAAUUGUUGAGACUUCAAGAUCUUCCAAAAUGCCCAAAAAAAAUGUCGACGCCCAUUGGAAAGCACUGAAAGGGGAACCAGUGCUCCUCACGAAUCAGAGUUUCUGGAGCUAGAGGCCUACGAUAAACGUUUUGAGGCAUA